AUGGACACCUGGCACACGCAUCCUGAAGGGGUGCGUCCAUGGUCUGCGCUUGUCACGCCUUCGAGCGGCUCAGCUGGGAGGCAGCCAGUUGAGACGGGCACGAGACAGUCAGUGCCUGCCGAAACGCCGCUAGAGGCCAAGAGCUCGAAGCCACCCGCGACUUUGGCUUCCAAGGCCGAUGAGGAGGAAAUCGCAGCUUGGAUUGCAGAGCGGAAGAAGCGGUUCCCAACGCGGGCAAACAUCGCUGCAAAGCUGGCGGCAGAGAAGAAGGCUGAGGUCACUGGCGCUCUCCCGCUGGACGCGCACACGGGCAAGCUUCGGAAGCGCCGGCGCGCCCCCUCGGCUCCAUCAAGCUCUUCCACUAACGACCCGCCGCUCAAGCGGAGAAAGAAAAUCCGGACCCGCCGCCGCUCGACCCGCACUAACCCGCCGCCGCCUGCAACCAUCCCACCGCCCGCAACAUCUGCCUCGUCGCUUGUGGCUGGCUACGGUGCUUCGUCGUCAUCCUCCUCUUCCUCGCCGUCAGCCGCAGUCGUCGAUCACGCGUAUUCAUACUCGUACGCAUCGAUGUCGGCUUCGACAUCGCCGUCGGCUUCGGCUUCGGCUCAAGCUGCCCACUCGCCGCCCCUGCCGGGAGCAUCUCCUGCUUGUCAGGCCGAGACCGACGCUGUGUCGGCAUGCCAUCCUGACGCCAAGGCCAAGGCCAAGCCUGAUCGUCGCGCUGCGCGGCUCUGUCGGUUCUUUGCCCGCGGCCGGUGCAAGAACGGCGAGACCUGCCCGUACCUGCAUGACCCCUCGCGAGCCGUCUGCCCGGACGGCGCGGCGUGCCGCUACUCGCACACCCGCAAGGCCCGAACCAAUGUCGCCGCCCUGCCGCCGACAAAGCCAUCGCUUCUCUCGCGUCUCUUUGCCCGCGAGCUGCGAAGCGACGCUUCGCUCGUCCUCCAGGUCUUCCGCCGCUGGAUCGAGACCGACUUUGCCCGCUAG